AUGUCUUCCUCCGGAGCAGGCCAAUCCAGCGUCGGCAGCCGCGCCAUCUACGAAGCCGGUGACCAGCGCAACGUUCCCCAGUCCGAGAUCAACGAGCAGAACCGCUACGCAGAGGGCCAGAAGAACAGCCACAAGAACCUUGAUUCGAGUAUGCCUCCGUCUUCCCUCCUACCUUCCAAUCACUCGGGAGACAUAGUGCUGACGAAUACCAAAACAGAGGACCAGCGCUCCAUCGGCAACAAGCUUGCCUCGCAAGAACGCAAGCCUGAGAGCGACCACCACCACAACUUUGAUCAGAACCCUGAGGCUGAGCUCAGCAAGCAGGAUCCUACUAAGCCGGCCAAGGUGCAUGGUAACGAGCCCUCCAAGGGUGCUAAGAUCGAUGCCGAAUUGCAGGCUGAGGAUGAGCAGCGCUUGCGUGAGAAGGGCAUUAAGAAAUAA